UCAGGACUGGGUGACUUACGAGGAGACCCACGGUCAGCUCCCGCGAUGCCCGCCCCGACUUGCGCCUCCUGCGGCUCGGCGCGCGCCGCCCUCCGCCGCCCGCGCUCGGGGCAGGCGCUGUGCGGAUCCUGCUUCUGCGCCGCCUUCGAGGCCGAAGUGCUGCACACGGUGCUCGCGGGCCGCCUGCUGCCGCCCGGCGCCGUGGUGGCGGUGGGCGCCUCGGGGGGCAAGGACUCCACCGUGCUCGCGCACGUGCUGCGCGCGCUCGCGCCGCGCCUGGACAUCUCGCUGCACCUGGUGGCGGUGGACGAGGGCAUCAGCGGCUACCGGGACGCGGCGCUGGCGGCCGUGCGGCGCCAGGCGGCGCUCUGGGAGCUGCCGCUCACCGUCGUGUCCUAUGCGGACCUCUUUGGAGGCUGGACGAUGGAUGCCGUGGCCCGCAGCACAGCCGGCUCCGGCCGCAGCCGCUCCUGCUGCACUUUCUGCGGGGUGCUGCGGCGCCGUGCGUUGGAGGAGGGCGCGCGCCUCGUGGGAGCCACGCACAUCGUGACGGGCCACAACGCCGACGACAUGGCUGAGACGGUGCUCAUGAACUUCCUGCGCGGCGACGCGGGGCGGCUGGCGCGCGCCGGGGGCCUGGGCUCCGCGGGCGAGGGGGGCGCGCUGCCGCGCUGCCGCCCGCUGCACCUGGCCUCGCAGAAGGAGGUGGUGCUGUACGCGCACUUCCGCCGCCUGCACUACUUCUCCGAGGAGUGCGUGUACGCGCCCGAGGCCUUCCGCGGCCACGCGCGCGACCUGCUCAAGCUGCUGGAGGCGGCGCGGCCGUCCGCCGUGCUGGACCUCGUGCACUCGGCCGAGCGCCUGGCGCUCGCCCCGGCCGCCAAGCCCCCGCGCCCCGGCGCCUGCUCCCGCUGCGGGGCGCUGGCGAGCCGCGAGCUCUGCCAGGCCUGCGCGCUCCUGGACGGCCUGAACCGCGGCCGGCCGCUCCUCGCCAUCGGCAAGGGCCGUCGUGGGCUGCGCGAGGAGCCGCCCGCCUGCGCGCCCCCGGCGGCGGCCCCGACCCCUGCCCCUGCCCCGCCGCCACCAACCACCUGCGCCCAGCAGAACGACCUGCGGUCCCGUUCAGUGACCUGUGCCUACCAGACCUCCAUUGGGAUGUGA